AUGGCACGGCGCUCGCACGCUUGGCUCACGCUGCUUCUUCUCAUGGGUGCCCUUGUGCAGAGCUCCUACGGGUCAAGACCGUCUCCCCGGGAGCCGCAGAUGUCCAGGGUCCACUCUCCGACGAUGGUUCACGGCACCGUCCAAACGGAACCCUACGGCCGCGACGACGGGUCGACCGUAAUCCGGCCCUCCACGGAGGAGGGCGCGACCGGUCAUCAUGAAGCAAACGCUGCUGAUGGGGGUGCUGCUGCAACUUGGGCAAUGGGCGGCGGUGGCGUUGUGUCGUCGGAGCAGAGGAAGGGUUCAGGGGCGCCGGUGCUGCGGCAAGCGCUGGGAAGGAAGCUGGCGCGGCGGGUGCUGGGAGGGGAGGCGGAAGACUCGGCGGCGGGGCCGUCGUGCCGCUCCAACAACGCGCACAUCACCUGUGCCCCGCCGGCGCAGCACUGA